UACCUCUGACUCGAACAAAACACGGUCGACUCUCCUCUUCGCCGAACGGUGACUUUUGUGCUUCUUCCCAUGACCUGAAACGGUCUGAUUUACGACUUCCUCUUUAAUCCCAUUAUCUCGCUCCCUCACGAUGUGUCUUCAAAGCAUUCUUCGAUCUCAAAGGCGCUGUGGUUUCUGUAUAAAUAUAUGUGAGUUUUCUCCCUUUCAACUCAUCUUCUCUUCUUAUCUCUCAUAGUUCAUACUAAUCGAUUUUGAUAUGGCUAAUUCGGGGUUAUUUUUCUCCGAUUCGAGGGUUUUUUCCAUACCUGAUGGGUUUAUAUACUUGAGGGCGAGUCCUGACACUUGCCACAAGCGGAUGAUGCUUAGGAAACGAGCGGAUGAAGGUGGAGUGUCGCUGAAAUAUCUGCAGGAUCUGCAUGAGAAGCAUGAGAGCUGGCUCCUACCGUUUGAGAGUGGAAACCACAGGGUGCUCUCUUUUAGUAAACUGUCUUUGCAGAUGGAUAACUCCCUCCAUCCUGAUAUCAAGGACCGUAUCCUUACUUGGAAGGGAAUCAUAUGCAUUCUAGCAUCCAGAAGGUCCCUGCUUUGGUUUUGGACUAUUAACCAAAUAUUGACUUCAAGAGAGAUAUUGAAGCAAAAAGACAAUAAGUUCUUACUACUGUUAAUGUCAUCAUAACUUGAGUUACUGAUAUGUUCUUGAUUGGUAUUGUUGAAGGUACGCACAACAAGUUGCUGACUUCUUUGAGUUUGUGAAGAAGAAGCAAGAAACGUCGCAAGAGCGACAGACGCCGUUGCUGAUGCCUCCUCAUAAUGGAGGUCUCUGGAUGGGACCAGAAGGGAAGCAUGUCCCGGGGUUAGAACUCCCGUCUCUGGAUUUCAGGAAGGCCAUGUCGCUCUUAACCAGACUGCGAGAGACUCUCCCCCACUGUUUUGUUUGCUCUGAAGGAGCAUUGUCAGGGUUAUCAUUGAAUGUCAAUAGGUAUGGUCGGCUUUAUGUUUCUUUUGUUUUAGGAAACUUCUCUCUACGGCUUUUACACCCUCUCUUAGUUUAGUUAUUAACCCUUUUGUGUAAAGAAAUAUUUGAUGAUGUCUGGAUAAUUUUUACUUUUAAUGUGUUUUGUUCCUUGAAAUC